GACAUCAAGAAAAAGUCUUGCUUUUUUAACAUAUAAUCCCUAAUGAAUUCAAUCUACCUAUAAUUAAUGAUUUUGGUGAGUAGAAGAUAUUAUCAAUCUUCUAAGUUAAUAUCUAUGGAUUAAAAGUUCACUUUGGACAAGAAAGUAAUCUUGAAAAUCCCUUAGAAACUUAUAGCUAGGAGGCCAUACGAUCCAAAAUAACACAAAGAUAUUGAUAAAUAAGGAUAAAAGGCAUUAUGUACAUUUUUUUAUCUAAAAUAGCAACUAACUCUGCUAAAGUUUCAAACUGAUUAUCAAAAGAAUUUAAAGAAUGAG